AUACAAGUAUUAUAUUAUUAUAUCUGUGUGUUAACUGACAGCAGAGGAGACUCUGUGUGAACAAUUAUACUACUUACUCCCAUAGACUAUUAGUCCAUGAUGUCUACUACUCUUCUGUCAUCUUGACCUCUAGCCGAUGAGUUAAUCCGUGAAUUUACAAAAUAAUUAUUACUUUGCAUAAUUUUUAUAAUAUCAGUUUCUGCUAAGUGAAACAAUAAUGUCAUUGAUAAUAAAAACUACGUUGAAUGUUUGGGAAAUGGAAAAAGAGUUUGAUAUUAUUUUAUUCAUUGACAAAAACGAUGUCCCCAAUAGAGAAUACUGGAAAGACAAAUGUUUUCGUCGCAUAAAUGCAAAAUAUCCAUUCCAAGAGUUAUUCGCGACAAGCAUUAUAAACGCGCCGGAAAAAUCGUGCGCGUUCGUGUAUUCUGUGUACGGCAAGUCGAUAUGCUGUCUGUUGCUAAACGGAUCGCGGCAUCAGCGGAAAAAUGAAAACGUUAACGAAAAACACGACCAUGGCAUGUACAAGAAAAAUAAAAGCAGCGUGGCUUCCGACGUUGAAACCGGACUUAGGACGUUCAGAGACCGAUUGACAGGUUAUCGGUAUCUCGCGGUGCAGGGCCUGGUGCAACCAGCUGCGUACGAUUUUGAACUAAUUUUCCAGACGGUUUUCCACGGGGACAGAGGCGAGUUGUGGUUGUGCGGCCAGCCGAGGCAUUUUCCGUCUCCCCGCGAACGCGUCCACACCGUUAAUUUAUUCAACUACGAUCACGGGGCACGCCACGUCAAGGUUCUCGAAAAAAAUAACACCAAUGACCGCAAAUCAUCAAAUAAAAUAAUAUUACGGAUGCCAACGUUAUUCAUACCAAAAAUGGAACCUACGGUGGUACCCACGAAAAUAGCCGCCAUCGAACUGCUGCAAUCCAACGACGAUUGUGAGAGACUGACUAUGCAACAACCAAACAUACCAGUGAUUAAAAUAAUGCCACAAAAUAUUUGGGAAUUAGACAAAGACAUUGAUAUUAUUUUAUUCAUUAAUCUAGAGACCAUAUACAUGGACGAUUGGGAAGAUGAAGUAGUAGAACGUGUCAAUGAUCGUUAUCCUUUUAAAAAAAGGAUGUUAAAGGAUAUACAGAUCAUGCCCUUUAGCUCGGGCACCGUAAGGAUAUAUCGACAAAACGGCGUGUCGAUAUUCUGCAUAUUCUUCAACAACCGCAUGACCAUCCUCGGGGACUGGAUGGAAGGUGCACUGAACAGCAUCAAAAGAAUGUUGGCAGGUCACGUACAGUUGGCCAUUCAACAGGACUUGUCCCUCUCGAAGUUUCAAUCGAAUGUCUAUAGUAAUCUUUAUUUUUUUUUUCAAUCAGUAUUUAUGUACGACACGGUUGUGAUAUGGUUAUGCGGCAGUGAUAUGUAGUGCCAGCAGGGAGGGGAAUCAAUUAAUAUUUUUUGCGAUUUUUAAACGUCAAACGUCUUUAACUAUAUUUUUUAGAUUCCAAUAUUUGGAUCAUUUUUUUUAUUUAUUAAUUUAUUUAACAAAUUCAUUUUUUUUUUAUACUUUUGUCUAAUAUUAAGUGUGUUUAAAUGUUUUAUGCUUAUUUUAUGGUAUUCUAAUAAUAUGCACCACAAUAUAGUUGCCAUAUUGAAGAUUGUUUAACCACCGUAAUACUUUUUAAUGUAAAAUCCUACCAUACGAAAUACAAAUGACAUUUAAAACCUUUUUUUAUGCUACUUUGUAAAAUAUUUGU